CCAAACACAACCACACCACGACUAAACAAGCUUGCACGAAUUUUUAAUUGACCCCAGCCCUCGAACUACCCUACCUUAGGUGGUAGACUUCCAGCCUUCAAAAGAGGCACGCCAACGAACUGAUGAACACCUCUGCGACAACCCGCGCCCUCCGCGCAAUUGCGCGCGCUCAGCGCACCAUCCCCCGAUCCGUACCUCGAGCUUCGCCGGUAUCACCACGACCCUCUGCCGCUGCCGCCCAGCCAUUAUCCAUGCGCCGUCAAUUCCACACGACCCCGUUCAGAUCAAAGAAUGAGAAGGUCAAGGAUUACCAGGGAGCGACCGACUUCAGCGAGAUGGACGUACUGGCCAACACGCCGAUCCCCUCGACCUCGAUCGACGCCUGCGUAUGGGACGGCUUCCACCUGAACAGCGGUGUCAAGAUCAUGGACGGCGAUGCGGCGCUGCUCAUCGGCGGCGAGGCAUUCGAGUGGAGGCCCUGGGAGGCGAAGGGGUCCAAGAACUUGAUCAACGCUAAGGGCCAGUUCGAGCUGCCGGCGGAAGCAUUCGGGCUCCUUGAUCUGGUCUGGCCGAGGCCUGAUCUUCUCAUCAUCGGUGUUGGUCCCAAGAUUGUGCCCCUUAGCCCGGCGACGAGGAAGCACCUCAGCUCGCUCGGCAUCCGUGUUGAGGUGUUGGAUACCAGAAACGCCGCUUCCCAGUUCAACCUUCUUGCUACGGAGCGAGGCGUCGAUGUCGUUGCGGGCGCGAUGAUUCCCAUCGGAUGGAAAGAGGGCAAGGGAGCUGUAUGAAGUGUAGGCGGUGUCUCGGGAAACCUUCAAUGCGAUUCAGGGUGAGUCGAAUUUGGAAGGCACACAUUUCGUCACCCAGACUGGAGUCAUUCACAUGGCAGCCUCAUAGCGAUUUACAGCGAUUCAUAGGCCGCCAUGGGCGUGACAGAGGUGUCAGUUUCUCCGCCAUGGCAAACUCUCGAUUGAUUCAACCGGGCGCCCAUCUGUAUUUUCUUUUGGCCCCGCCAUAGGUCCCACCUCUUGGCUAUGACUGCAAGAGCUGUAUUACCAUAACCCUUCAAUGCUCAUACGGAGACACUCCGCGACCAACAUUGAAAACUUUGCUCACUAGAGGACUACUUGUAAUACAUAGAAUACUAGUUGCCUAAACGCAAUGUACAAUACCCAG